AUGAAGACAGCUUCCUUCGUGGCCGCAGCCCUUCUUGCUGGUGGCAGUGACGCCAUACGCCGUCGCGACACCAACAGCACAACCGACCAGACUGGUCCCCUCGCCUCCUCGCCGCCGUUCUACCCUUCGCCAUGGAUGGACCCUCAGGCCGCUGGUUGGGAGGAUGCCUACGCCAAGGCCAGGGCCUUCGUCUCCCAGCUGACUCUACCUGAGAAGGUCAACAUUACAACCGGUGUUGGUUGGAUGGGCGAGAAAUGCGUCGGCAACGUUGGCUCUGUUCCCCGCAUGGGCAUGAAGAGUCUUUGCAUGCAAGACGGUCCCCUGGGCCUGCGAUUCAGCGAUUACAAUAGUGCCUUCCCUGUCGGCUUGACUGCUGGAGCCUCCUGGGCUCGUCAUCUCUGGCGCGAUCGCGGUAAUGCCAUGGGCUCCGAAGCUCGUGACAAGGGAGUUGACGUUCUUCUUGGACCUGCGAGUGGCCCGCUCGGCCGUUUCGCCAAGGGCGGGCGCAUCGGUGAAGCUUUUGGCUCCGACCCUUUUCUCCAGGGCCAGGCCAUGGCUAACACGGUCACUGGCAUCCAAGGUGCCGGCGUUGUUGCUUGUGCCAAGCACUACAUCGCUAAUGAGCAAGAGCAUUUCCGUCAAGCCGGGGAAGCUAAGGGCUAUGGCUACGAUAUCAGCGAAAGUCUUUCCUCCAACAUCAACGACAAGAUUAUGCACGAGUACUAUUCCUGGCCUUUCCAAGAUGCAGUCAAGGCUGGAGUUGGCGCCAUCAUGUGCUCCUACAACCAAAUCAACAACUCGUAUGGUUGCCAGAACUCCAAAAUGCUGAACGGUAUUCUCAAGCACGAAUACGGCUUCCAGGGCUUUGUCAUGAGUGACUGGCAGGCUCAACACUCCGGCGUUUCCAAUGCCGUCGCCGGUAUGGACAUGGCUAUGCCUGGCGACACCAUCUUCAACACCGGCCGCAGUUACUGGGGCAGCAAUUUGACCGUUGCUGUCCUCAACGGCACGGUCCCUGCGUACAGAAUCGACGACAUGGCCAUGCGAAUUAUGGCUUCUCUUUUCAAGGUUGGCUGGACUGUCGAGGGCGCAAAGGAUACCAACUUCUUCUCGUGGAGCCGUAACACCUACGACUACCGCCACGCCGCUGCCAAGGAGAGAAUGGAGCAGGUCAACUUCCAGGUCGAUGUCCGAGCUAACCAUGCCAACCAUAUCCGCGAGUCCGCUGCGAAGGGUACCGUCAUUCUCAAGAACAACGGCGCCCUCCCCUUGAACAAGCCCAAAUUCCUUGCCAUUGUUGGUGAAGAUGCUGGUCCCAACCCGAAGGGUCCCAAUGGCUGUGCUGAUCGUGGCUGUGAUGAUGGUACUAACGCUAUGCUCUGGGGCUCUGGUACGUCCAACUUCCCAUAUCUCAUCACCCCCGACAGUGCUCUGCAGCAGCAAGCCAUCAAAGACGGUACUCGCUACGAGAGUGUUCUAAGCAACUACGAUUGGGCCGAAACCAGCGGUCUCGUUAGCCAACCCAAUGUCACUGCCAUCGUCUUCGCCAACUCCAAUGCUGGCGAGGGAUACAUCUCUGUUGAUGGCAACGAGGGUGACCGCAACAACCUUACUCUCUGGAAGAACGGCGACGAAUUGAUCAGGAACGUCUCUGCUCUCUGCGCCAACACCAUUGUCGUCAUCCACAGCGGUGGACCCGUUCUUCUUUCGGAAAUCUCCAAGAACGAGAACGUGACUGCCAUCGUUUGGGCUGGCCAGCCUGGCCAGGAAUCCGGUAACUCUCUGACCGACAUUCUCUAUGGCAAGACAAGCCCUGGCCGCUCUCCUUUUACUUGGGGGGCGUCUGAGGAGUCUUAUGGCAAUGACGUUCUCUAUAAGCCAAACAACGGCAAGGGUGCCCCGCAAGACGAUUUUACCGAUGGCGCAUUCUUUGACUAUCGCCACUUCGACAAGGAAUCCGACGCUAAGCCCGGCAGCGAUCCCAAGGCCCCUGUUUACGAGUUUGGGUUCGGUCUUUCUUGGUCUACCUUUGAGUACUCCAACCUCCAGGUUGUCAGGAAGAAUGACCGCUCAUACACACCUGCCACCGGAAACUCCAUUGCUGCUCCUACGUUCGGCAACUUCAGCAGAGACCUGAAGGAUUAUGGCUUCCCCGCCGGUUUCCAGCAAGUCGAGCAGUUCAUCUACCCUUGGGUCAACGACACUUCGUCUGGUCGCGAGGCCUCGGGCGACGCCAAUUACGGCAAGACUGUGGAUGAGUUCCUUCCUCCCAAUGCCAUCGACUCGAGCCCCCAGCCCAAGCACCCCGCUGGUGGUGCGCCCGGUGGUAACCGUCAGCUUUUUGACGUGAUAUACGAGGUCACUGCCACCAUUACGAACACCGGCAAGACCAUGACGGAUGAGGUCCCUCAGCUGUAUCUCAGCCACGGUGGAGAGGGUGAGCCAGUUCGCGUUCUUCGUGGCUUUGACCGCAUUGAGCGCAUUGCGCCCGGUGCCAGUGUCACUUUCCGUGUUGAGCUCACGCGCCGUGACAUUAGCAACUGGGAUGUCCCGUCUCAGAACUGGGUUGCGACUGAUGCUCCCAAGACUAUUUGGGUAGGCAGCAGUUCUCGAAACCUGCCUCUGUCUGCCAAGCUUCAGUAA